AUGGAUCGCGAUCGCGCUCGUGGCACCCCCGGCAGUGGUAGCAACGACCUGCGACACGAUGAUGAUCGAUACAGCCAUCAUCACGCAUACGCCGGCCCCAGCAGAUCCAGAUACGAGUCGAGGUACGACUAUGGAUCCAGUCGGGACGACCUGAGUCCACCCCCGUCAUGGGGUCAGUCCGCACCGCCAGGACGACCGUCAAGCUCCAGUCGUCACCACUCCUCGCACUCCUCCGGCUACCCAUCCCACCAACACUACUCAUACAGCUACCCCUAUCCGCCGCCGCCUCCCUCGGCGCACCAUCCUCGCGCCAACGAUGCCCCUGCGACAUCUUCAGCGCCGCCUCCACAUCCGAGUGCCUGGGGCCCACAACAUUGGGCUCCUCCCCCUCAUCCCGGUUACAGUCCCAGUUACAGUGGGCCCACCGGUCCCUCUUAUCCUUCCACCUCUUCUGCACCUCACAACAGCAACAUGAGGCACCCGCACCAUCGCGGUUCGCUUCCGCCGCCGUCUCGACCGCCGCCUUCCCCGCCCCCUCCCGCAUCCCCCUCGCAGAUCAGAGCGCCCCCGCCGCCCGCAUCAGCGCCGUCACCACCCAGAUCGGGAGCCUCAUCUCCACCAGCGGGAUACUUGCCUGGUUUCCAGCCUGAUUAUGCUCGAGCUCGAGCAGGUGCUACGAGACGGCCCUCGGCAACCAGCGCAGCUGCGGAGUCAGCAAGUGCCGUGGCUGCUCCGGCUGGAAACGCUACGUCGGCCGAUGUGCGCCCUCCACCGACCGAAGCGUAUCUCCUCUUACGCCCUCACCGCGUCCCUCGAGGAGGAUGGCCCCCGUCCACAGACCCGCAGCAGGCCGUGGACUCCACUGGAUGGAGCUAUAACCUGGUAGUUCUGCAACACCCAGAGCGAGGCAAGGCCUUGGGAGUUGAGCAACUUCGCCGAGGAUGGCCCCCUCUGACACCUCCUUUAAUCGUUCAGCUCAUUGUCAAGGACCAGGACGGCCAAGAGAUCCCGACAGAUAACCCUGCUCUCGCCCGUCGACUUGUUCAUCUCACAAUGAGUGUGGAACUGGUAUCGCCCGACGGUUCAGAGUCGCGAGCCAUGAUGCGCGUUCGUCCUCCAAGUCCUCGGGGAAAUGUGCAGCCUUACUAUCCCGCAUCGGCGCCACCGCCGUACUCUGUCCAGCGCACGUUACUUGGCUCCAGCGUGAGGACAGCACAGGUUUUGACUCGCGAAAACCGCAAAGGGCUCUACUUCAUCUUCCAAGAUAUGGUUGUGCGGCCGGAGGGCAAAUACGCCCUGGAUGGCAAGGUUCUGGAUCUAGCUGGACCGCCUCAUAUUGGCACUUCCAUUGGUGUAACACACCCAUUGGCGUUCUGCCGUACACAGCCGUUUGACGUAAUCAUACCGCAAGAUUUCCCCAGCCCGGUCCCCAUCACGCCUCUGUCCGCUGAAUUCUUGCGGCAGGGCGAACGUCAUCUAGGACGCCGUCCCAGGAACGACGAAGGGGAAGGAGAAUCUGAAGGAGAAGAUGGAGGAGGCAAUGAGUGA